AUGGGUCAGAACGAAGAAGAGAAGCCUCACAUCUCGGGCCAAGCCAACUCUCCCAUGUCGGCACCUGCUCAUGCUCUUACCUUUGAGCAGGUCGCCCAGGAGCUGAACGGCAAUCUCGAUGAUGGUCUUACUGAAUCCGAGGCCAGACAGCGUCUCGAGAUAUAUGGCCGAAACGAAUUCGGUGAACAAGAAGGCGUUCAACCUCUCAAAAUCUUUAUCGGGCAGAUCGCCAAUGCCUUGACUCUAGUUCUCAUCCUUGCCAUGGCUGCCUCUUUCGGAAUCCAGUCUUGGAUUGAAGGUGGUGUAGUAGCCGCCGUCAUUGUCCUCAACAUUGUCGUUGGUUUCCUCCAAGAGUUUCAAGCCGCCAAGACUAUGGACUCUCUGCGUUCUCUCAGCUCUCCUACCGCCCACGCUGUCCGUAACGGUAACAACCAAGUCGUCGUGACUGCUGAGAUUGUCCCUGGUGACAUGGUUGAACUCAAGACUGGUGACACCAUUCCUGCGGAUAUCCGUCUUGUAGAGGCUGUCAACUUUGAAACCAACGAAGCACUCCUCACUGGCGAGUCUCUGCCUGUUCGCAAAGAGAUCAACAAGACCUUUCCACAUGAUACCGGCCCUGGCGACCGACUCAACGUUGCCUACAGCUCGUCUACUGUGACAAAGGGACGAGCCCGCGGCAUUGUGUUCGCUACCGGUACAUACACUGAGAUUGGUCAGAUUGCUGUUGCUCUCCGUGGCAAGUCUUCCAAGCGCCGACAGCCGAAGAGAGAUGCCGAGGGCAACACCAACUUUGGCCGCUGGAUGCAAGCUUGGACCUUGACCGGUUCUGAUGCUGUUGGACGCUUCCUCGGUGUCAAUGUCGGUACUCCUCUUCAGCGCAAGCUCUCCAAGCUGGCACUUAUUCUUCUCGGAACGGCUAUUGUGUGUGCUAUUAUUGUUCUGGCAGCCAAUGAUUUCAGGUCGCAGAGGGAAGUCAUCAUUUAUGCCGUGGCAACUGGUCUCUCUAUGAUCCCAGCUUCUCUGAUCGUUGUUCUCACCAUUACUAUGGCUGCUGGUACCAAGCGUAUGGUCCAGAGAAAUGUCAUUGUCCGUAACCUCAAGAGUUUGGAAGCUCUGGGUGCUGUGACCAACAUUUGCUCUGACAAGACCGGAACCCUUACCCAAGGUACCAUGAUUGUCAAGAAGGCUUGGAUUCCCGGACGCGGCACAUACUCUGUUGGUGCUUCCAAUGAGCCAUUCAACCCUACCCUCGGAGAUAUCACCCUGACUGAAGACCAACCCAAGAACAUUGACUUCCAGAAUGAAAAGUCUGAAGGUACAUCAAUCGACCCCGCUUCCCAGCCUGCUCAAGACCCCAGUCUUGUCGAGUACCUCAAUGUUGCUUCACUUGCCAACCUUGCCACUGUCCACGAGAUUGAAGGCGAGUGGCAUGCUCGUGGAGAUCCAACAGAGAUUGCUAUGCAAGUAUUUGCUUCUCGAUUCAACUGGAACCGCAUGCGAUUGUCGUCUGGCGAUAACCCGCGCUGGCACGAAGUUGCCGAAUUCCCUUUCGAUUCAGAUGUCAAGAAGAUGUCGGUCAUUUUCCACGACAGCGAAUCUCAGAAGCAAUGGGUCUUUACCAAGGGUGCUGUUGAACGUGUCUUGACUUCUUGCCCUGUUUAUGCCGCUGGUAACGAAAUCCUCGAGUUCACCGAUGAUAUCAAGGAAGAUGUUUUGAGAAACAUGGAGUCUCUGGCUCGCCUCGGUCUUCGUGUUCUUGCUCUCGCCAGUCGAACAGAUAUUCCCCAUGUUGAGGACAAUGAGGCUGAGCUUGACCGGGGACUCUUCGAGAAGGACCUUGUCUUCCGUGGUCUCAUCGGCCUGUAUGAUCCUCCUCGCCCCGAAUCUGCCCCAUCCGUCCGAAAAUGCCACGAAGCGGGCGUGAGCGUCCACAUGCUUACUGGUGACCACCCUGAAACAGCUCGUGCUAUCGCUCUCGAAGUUGGUAUUCUCCCUGCCAAGAUGUCUGAGAUCCCCAAGGAUGUUUCCAAGGUAAUGGUCAUGGCUGCUUCAGAGUUUGACAAGCUGUCCGAUGAUGAGAUCGAUCAGCUUCCCCUUUUGCCUCUUGUCGUCGCUCGUUGUGCCCCCCAGACCAAGGUCCGUAUGAUUGAAGCUCUCCAUCGACGCAAGGCUUUCGUCGCCAUGACCGGUGAUGGUGUCAAUGACUCGCCGAGUUUGAAGCGAUCAGACGUGGGUAUUGCCAUGGGACAGGCUGGAUCUGAUGUUGCCAAGGAAGCGUCCGACAUUGUCUUGACUGAUGACAACUUUGCUUCUAUUCUGAAUGCUGUUGAAGAAGGCCGAAGAAUGUUUGACAACAUUCAGAAGUUUAUUCUGCACGUUUUGGCUGAGAAUAUUGCCCAAGCCUGUACACUCCUGAUCGGUCUUGCUUUCAAGGAUAAGGAUAAUCUGUCGGUUUUCCCUCUCGCACCAGUUGAGAUUCUCUGGAUUAUCAUGAUCACAUCUGGUAUGCCUGAUAUGGGUCUCGGCUUUGAGAUUGCCGCUCCAGAUAUCAUGCAGCGUCCUCCUCAAAACUUGAAGCAAGGUGUCUUUACCCCUGAACUGAUGCUCGACAUGGUCGUCUACGGUCUCUGGAUGUCAGCCCUUUGCCUCGCCUCAUUCGUCCUCGUGCUGUACGGCUUCGGCAAUGGUGCUGCUGACAUUGGGGAGAACUGCAACAACACGUACAGCGAAGACUGCAAGGUCAUUUUCCGUGCUCGUUCAACAACAUUUGCAUGCCUGACCUGGUUCGCCCUGUUCCUUGCUUGGGAGAUGAUCAACAUGAGAAGGUCUUUCUUCCGAAUGCAACCCAAGAGCAAGAAGUAUUUCACCCAGUGGAUGUAUGACGUCUGGAGGAACCCCUUCCUGUUCUGGGCCAUUAUUGCUGGCUUUGUCACCAUGUUCCCUAUUAUCUAUAUUCCUGGACUCAACACUGUCGUCUUCAAGCAUGCUCCCAUCUCUUGGGAAUGGGGUAUUGUUUUUGUCGAGGCUGUGCUCUUCUUCCUCGGUAUUGAAUCUUGGAAAUGGGCUAAGCGUAUCUAUUUCCGUCGCCAGGCUCGUAAGUCUACGGGCGGUGUUUCUGAUCUGGAGACUCGUGUCUUUGGCAAGUAUUACAGCAUGGGUGGAAGCCGUGAUGAGGAGAGUGGCCACAAUGAGAAGAGCUCCGAUUAG